AUGUUAUCUCGAUUGUGUUUAUUAUUUCUUGCCGCUUCAGCAAUAUCAAGCGCCUUAGCGAUAAACAAUCUUGAAGAAAAGUCUGCUGAUGAAAUCCUAAAACGAUCUAUACGAUCAUUAAUCGUUGGUGGAGGAGGACUUGGAUUAGGUGCAAUUGGAGGAGGAGGUGGAGGAGUUUCAUAUGUAAACAAUGUUCCAAUCGUAUCAUCAGUGCCAGUGGUGCAGACAAUACAAACCGUUCAAAAUGUUCCAGUAGUGUCUAACUAUCAAACUAUUGGAUAUGCAAAUAAUUAUGGAUACGGUCACGGUGGCUAUGGUGGAGGUGGUUACGGAGGAGGUCUCGGUGGAGGAUUAGUUGGCGCUGGAAUUGGAUUUGGUGGAUUCAAACAAAGAGGACACUACAGGGAAAGUUAUCGAUACCGUUCAGGUGGUGGAUUUGGUGGAGGUGGAUUUAUUGGAGGAGCUGGACUACUUGGAUAG